AUGACGUGCGUCAGUUCGGCUGUCCGAGAGAAGCGCCGAUGGAACCACAUUGAACGCCGCACCAAGCAGCGCCUGCGUCGACAGUACACUGUAGUUUGUGAGGAUACUGAUGUUAUCAGCGCCAACAAGAAGUGUCAAAGCCUCUAUCAGCUCCUGACGCUGAAUCGCAGCACCGGUCGGACAGGUACCGACAGCGGUGUAGCAGCGAAGCGCACAACCGAGUCGGCUCAUGACAUGACGACUCUGGACAAGCUUCAACUCGCAGUCCUUGCCGCCAAGAUCAAGGGUGAUACCAAGCACGUCUUGAACCGUGGAAAUUACAUGUUCCAAUGCCCGCUUAAAGUCGUCCGGAAAGCGAUAGAGCCACGCUAG